GAAACAAGUACCGAUCGAUCCGUACACGACGCGAACCACCCUGUCCUCAACGCUACGUACCCAUCGAUUAUGGCGUGCUCCAGCCUGUCCCACGCUGUGGCUCUCGUCGCCAAGGUGCCGGCGCCGUCCUCCUCUCGGCGCCGGUCGUACUCGAUGGUCCGCCUCCCGCCCCUCCGUACUGCUCGUUCCCUGACGAUGCGCUGCGCCGGUGGGUACGGUAACACCGCCGUACCUCCCACGGCGCCGGACGAGUGCUUCCGCUUCACGCGGGAUCCAGGUGCCGACAUGGAGGCGACGGUGGCGCUGCUGGACGCGGUGGCCGGUGCGUUCCGGCCCCUCCUGGACAACCUGAAGCAGCUGCGCUCCCUCCGGACCGUCUUCGACGUGGAGGACUACCACGUCGGCAUGCCUUUCGGAGCCUUCCUGGCGUGCUUGGGGCUGUGGCAGAUGUGGAAGAUGGAUCCCUCGACGUGCCUCGACUUCAUGCUCGCCUACGCCUUCUACAAGCUCAGCGUCCUCGCGGCGGAUGUCCGGAAACAGGGCUUUUGCAACGACCUAAUCACCCGGGUCCAGCUCGUCAUCGGCGUCACAAUGGCCAUCAAGGAUAUCCACAAAAGAAUUGUCCCCCUUGAUUACAUCAGGGUUCCUGUUUUCUUCCUUUAUACCGUGUCGGUACUUUCGGACUUGAGCGGCGUGAAGAAGUUCCUGAAUCCUCUCUUCAAUUUCUUGUUGGCGCUAUCCAAGACCAAACACGGGAAAAUCGAGUUGAUGCGCAUGCUGGUGUUUCACGACUUCAGCUACUUCACACGAUAUUUCGGUGUGCCAAAGAUGGAGGGCGCAUCAAAUGCCCAGCAGAAGGAGUUGGAGCAAGCACAAACUAGGUUCCUUCGUCUGAUUGAUGAGGCUGAUCCCAAGAUGAAGGCCAAAAUGGAUGGAGCUAUGCCAAGCAUUGGCUCGGAUGCCUCGUCCGAAUGGACGGAGAGUGUACCGUAUAAUCAAAAUAAAUCAUGAGUAUAAGGUAUAUAUCGAGCACAAAAAGUAAUGCACGGGGAAUUAGCAAGUUCACUUGAUUUUUCAUACUAGCAUGAAUCGUGUUUUCUUUUGCUCUUCCCUCACAAAGAAAAUAUAUACUUUUGCUCUUUCUUUUCCGUGGAAGGCCACGUAUGUAUUGAGUACUUCCUUUACCGAAAAGGCUUCCGCCCCGCUUUA